AUGGAUAAGAGUUGGAUUUCUAAUAACAAUAGAUUGUCUGCCAAGUACAAUAAGGGAUUGCAAAAAUUCAUUAGAUUAUCAAGUAGUCAUCUGAAUGAGGAGAAUAAGAUUCGGUGCCCAUGUGUUAUGUGUAUGAAUUUAUACUUUCAUGACUUACAGACAAUUGAGCGUCAUAUCUACAUAAAAGGGUUUUAUACUCGAUAUGUUAAUUGGGUACAUCACGGGGAAGAUAUUUUAGAAGAAAGUGAUCAUGAUAAUGAUGAUGCUACUGAUGUCGAAGAUUUCAGUGAUAUUGGCGAUAAUAAUAAUGACAUUGACCAUGAUGACAAUGAUGAUAUGAUCCCAGCAAUUGAAGACUUGGCUCAAGAAGUUCCUACACAUAAUGCUUCUGAGAAUUUUGAGGAUUCAAGUCAUAAGGAGAAAUGGAAAAACUUCCAUAACUUAUUUGAUGAAGUAGAAAAAGAAUUGUAUCCUGGAUGUACAAAGUUUUCAAGUUUGACUUUCAUGGUUAAGCUAAUGCAUAUAAAAGUAUUGACUAGCUUGAGUAUUAAAGGCUUCGACAUGAUUCUUGAGCUUCUUAAGGAUGCAUUUCCUGAUGAUAACAAAAUCCCAAAUUCUUAUUAUGAGGUUAAGAAAAUAUUGAGUGGUCUUGGUUUAGAGUGCGAAACAAUAGAUGUAUGUAAGGAUGAUUGUUGUUUGUACUGGAAAAACAAUAAAGAUGCUACAAAUUGUCCUAUAUGUGGUCAUGAAAGAUAUGAGUACCAAGGAACUAAAGGAAAAAAAAUACCACAUAAAAAGAUGCAUUAUUUUCCAAUAACUCCCCGUUUACAACGACUUUUUAUGUCAAGACACACCGCAGCAGAUAUGAGGUGGCACAAAGAAAAACGUGUGGAUACUGAAGGUGUACUUAGACAUUCGGCAGAUGCAGAGGCUUGGAAAGAUUUCGAUAAGCAAUAUCCUGAUUUUGCCAAAGAGCCUCGAAACAUUAGGUUGGGAUUUGCAACAGAUGGGUUUAAUCCGUUUGGUGAUUUAUCAAACUCAUACAGCAUGUGGCCAGUAAUACUAAUGCCAUAUAAUAUGCCACCAUGGAUAUGCAUGAAACGAGAAUCCUUAAUGAUGGCAAGACUUAUUCCUGGACGUCGUGCUCCAGGUAAGGACAUAGAUGUCUAUUUACAACCCUUAAUUGAAGAACUAAAAGAAUUAUGGGAGAAAGGAGUAAGAACUUUUGAUGUUGUUGAUAAAACAUAUUUUACAAUGCGUGCACGUGUUAUGGACAAUUAA